AGCUUCAUUUCAGUUCCCUCCCCCGCCAUUGCCUUCUCCUAAAACGCCUCUGCUGCUGCGAAGCUGCAACAAUGGCGGUUACCGACUUCUUCGUCGGAGAAAUCGCCACCGAGCUCCUUAAAAUGAUGGUACAAAUUUCGACUAAAUCCUGCCUCUGUAAAACGACGGCGGCUCAAAUCGCCAACUCCAUUCAGCAACUCUUACCAAUUAUCGAAGAGAUCAAGUACUCGGGCGUCGAAUUGCCCGCACAUCGCCAGUUCCAGUUGGAUCGCUUCAGCGAAACUCUCCGAAAAGGAAUCGAGAUUUC